AGCCACCCAGUAGAGGGCAGUAGAGGGUGGUGCAGCUGUCCUAGGAGGAUCCCUGGCUUCCUCUGUGCUCUGUUUAUUCAGGGCCUGUUACUGCCCUGUCUCCUCCCCUUCCUCCCCCCCACCUACAGGUCUCGAAUUCGAGAGUCGAUCAAGCCAGGGAAAUACGGUUACGGGAAGGUGCCGUUCGCGUUGCCCUUGCACAAGGAGACGGCGCCGCGGUUCAAGAGACACCCAGAGCCCCCGAGUGACCCGCUGCUGCUGCCCACCCAGGUCCCCAAGCACAAGGCUGAGGAAGCCCCAAGGCGGAAGAAAGAGCCACCGGCACAGGGCAAGCACCCUCCGCACCGCAAGCAGCAGAAGGCCGGGCCGGCGGAGGACUCCACGCCGUUCCAGGCUGGGGCACUGGCAGAGAACAGCUCAGAGCUGGCAGGGCAGGGGGCGAGGCCUGGACAUGGCGGAGACAGGCCCACGCCUCACCGCCAGCCCCACACGACCGAGCAGGGCAGCGCCGGGCCACUGAAGGCCGAGGCCACGGCCGAGUCCCACGCAGGCCUCUCGGAGGAGGAGGAAAGUACUGGAGGGGAGGCAGAGCCAGACGUCUGGCUGCUCCACCGCGGCAGCCCCGUCCAGUUCCAGGCCAGGGGGCAAAGGCCCAGGCCAGGCCUGCACCCAAGCCCCGAGGUGCCCCAGUGGAAUCUCUACCACCCUGGCACAGAGACCUUCCACUGCGAGGGAGAGAGCAAGCAGUUCAAAGCCUGCAGGCAGGAGCCGUGCCCCGCCGACCAGCCGGACGCCCGGGCCGUGCAGUGCGCUGCCUUCAACAGCCAGGAGUUCAUGGGCCGUCUCUACCAGUGGGAGCCCUUCACGGACGGUAAGGGACCGGGAGCCGGGACGGGGUUCCCAUGGUUACGGGGAGGAGGGGACAGUGGACCCUCGUGCGGUACCAGCUCAGUGCUCUGCUACGGGUUGGAUUCCUACCACCGGUGCGCUGUCUUCUGCGACCCACUAGUGGGCCCCCCAAGGUGGCUUCCCUCCCUGAGCCAGGGCCCAUGGGCUGCUCACACAGAGCACGGCAGGGUCCCAAUCCAGCACCGCGGGGUCCGGAGCCGAUCCUGGGCCCGGGACGCUUACCCCUCCCCCCCACACGCCUGCUUUCUGCCCCCAGCCCUGAGGAGCCGCUCUGGCAAGUCGAUCAUCAACGGCAACUGGGCGGUGGAUCCCCCGGGGCGCUACGAGGCGGGCGGCACCGUCUUCGUCUACCACCCAUCCAAGACCCUAAGUCAGCGCUGGGCAACCGAGGCUAGGCUCUGGCAGCCCCUGUUCCACUGCGUCGAGCGCCACUCCCAGGAGGAGGUGGAGGACGAGCACUGCGCCGAUAUCCCCAAGCCGCCCGCGCUGGACGAGGCCUGCAACACCCAGCCCUGCCCGGCCUACCCAGCCAUGCCAGACUUCCCUUCCGCUAGGGACAAGGCCGAGUCCCAGGAAACUCGUUUCUCCUGUGACCCCAAGCCCUUGCCCCAGGCCCCAGGAGUCCUGAUCCGGGGGGCGAGGGGGCUUCCCAGCCCCUGGCCGGGUUCCUUGAUGGCGUCUCUCUCCUGGCGGCCCCAGUGUUCGGUGGAGUGUGGAACGGGGAUCCAGCGCCGCUCCGUGGUCUGUCUGUCCAGCUACGCCAACGGGCAGGCGGAGGAGACCUGCGCGGGCACCAAGCCGGCCGACAUGCGGGCCUGCAACAGCGGGCCCUGCCAGCGCACCGUCAAGUGGUACACGGGGCCCUGGAGCCAGGUGAGGGGGGGCGGGGAAUCCCGGCCGGGCUGGGUGGGAGGCGUCCUGCACGCGGGGCUAGGCCUGGAAUGCUUAGCAGCCUCCUGGGAUUGUUUGUGCUCCGUAUGGGGCAUGUGUGCGCCCACGCAUGUGCCGUGCACAGCAAGCAGUGCUCUGUGUGUGCGCCCACGCGUGUGCCAUGCACAGCGAGCAGUGCUCUGUGUGUGCGCCCACGCGUGUGCCGUGCACAGAAAGCAACGCUCUGUGUGUGCGCUCAUGCGUGUGCCGUGCACAGCAAGCAGUGCUCUGUGUGUGCGCACACACGUAUGCCAUGAACAGCAAGCAGUGCUCUGUGUGUGCGCCCACGUGUGUGCCGUGCACAGAAAGCAACACUCUGUGUGUGUGCCCACGCGUGUGCCAUGCACAGAAAGCAACGCUCUGUGUGUGCACACGUGUGCCAUGAACAGCAAGCAGUGCUCUGUGUGUGUGCCCACACGUGUGCCGUGCACAGAAAGCAAUGCUCUGUGUGCACACCCGUGUGGGCGGUGCUCUGGCAGCACCGGCACCCAACGGCGGGACGUGAUCUGCGUCAGCAAGCUGGGCUCGGAGUUCAACGUGACGGAGGCCUCGGAGUGUGCCCCCCGGGAGAAGCCGCCCUCCCUGCAGCCCUGCACCGGCACUGCCUGUGAUGCUCGCUGGUUCUCCACCUCCUGGAGCGCGUGUUCCAAGUCGUGUGUGGGCGGAGUCCAGGUGCGGGAGGUGCAGUGCCUGACCCAGAACAAAACCUUCAGCCACCUCUGCCCGCCGGACCUCAAGCCCGUCAAGAAACGCGCCUGCAAUACCCAGCCCUGCACCCCCGAGCUGGGUAAGGGACCCCAACUGCCUGGCUCCGGCCGUGGGCCUCGUCGCCGCGGUGCCCCGAGCUGCGAGCAGCCACAGGCAGCCGGGGCAGGGGGGAGGCUACCACGGGAAGGGGUGCACGCACAGGGACAGCCUCCUAGAGUGAGGGGUAGCCCCUCCCAGCUUUGUACCUAGGAGAUUCCCCCCAGCUGGGGGGCAAGGGCUGUGAGCACAGGACUGGCAACCAGGACUGAGGAAGGAGUGCAGCAGGCUAGUGGUGAGAGCCAGGACUCCUGGCUCCCAUGCUCAAC